AUGAAAUGGUUGUUUAUAUUUCGAAAGCUUUACCUAUGGGACAUUUUCAAAGAUUGCAUUUGUGGCCACAAACAGACACAUGAUAUUUACAAGGGCGAAGUGGCAACCAUGCAAGACUCACCAAAAUUCACAUCUGGGGACUACCCUGUAGCUUCCCAAAAGUAUGGCCAGAAAGGGGAAAAGAUGCUAACUGAUUAUCCAUCAGGGAGAGAGAUAGACUCCCAUAUGUUGAAAGAGCAAGUGCAUAUUUUGGGAGAGAUUUGCAAAACGAGUCAUCUGUUUGGUUUGCUGAUUCCAUUGCUUUUGGUCAUCAACAUCAGAUGUAGCAUCAACACUACACCAAGAACUGCUCCAUGCCCAGUCAUAAAGGUUAUAGAUGCUUGUGCUAAAAGAAACUUGGGUCAUUUUAUAAAUCACAACUUUCAACCAAAUUGUCACCCUGAAGCCUUUCAAAGUUCCUGCAUCAGGUUAUUCUUUUUAGAAAGGAAAUUGUCAAAGGAGAAUUUAGUCAUGGCUUCUUUUUAAUGUUGUACAUGUUUUGUUUUCUAUAAUAAGUACUAUGAAAUAUUAGCAAUGUGUUACAUUUACUUACUAUUG